AUGUCGUCAACGGACCAGGUUCCUCCCGAAGCUGCCCAGUCGCCGUCUUCGGACUAUGCUACAUCUUCCUACGGUUACGCAUCCUCCGACGCCUCAAUGUACUCCACGACGGUUACCCCAAUGCACCGAUGGGCACUCAACGCCUCCGACUCCCAGUUCAACGCUAUUGCUGGUGCAGUGGGUGGUUUCACCUCAGGUGUUGUGACAUGCCCACUCGACGUCAUUAAGACCAAACUUCAGGCGCAAGGUGGUUACGCUGCUCUCAACAAGGGACGACAUGUCGGCCAUCCACAGCUAUACAAUGGUCUUCUUGGCUCGGGGAAAGUCAUCUGGAGAGAGGAAGGAAUCCGAGGCCUUUAUCGUGGACUGGGGCCUAUCAUCAUGGGAUACUUGCCAACAUGGGCUGUGUGGUUUACGGUUUACAAUAAGAGCAAGGGGUAUUUAUCACAACAUUAUGACAACAGUCACAUAGUCAAUUUUUGGUCGUCAAUCAUAGCAGGCGCCAGCAGUACAAUAGUUACCAACCCAAUAUGGGUUAUCAAGACACGGCUCAUGUCACAGAGCAACAUUCGACACAACACCCAGGACCACCAUUCCGCAUACUAUCCGAAAGCGACUAGCACACCAACAACGCGACCAACACUACACGACUGGCACUACAAAUCCACACUAGAUGCAGCUCGCAAGAUGUACACCUCGGAAGGUCUCAUUUCUUUCUAUUCCGGACUAACGCCUGCUCUUCUCGGGUUGACGCACGUUGCUGUACAAUUUCCAACAUACGAGUACCUCAAAACCAGGUUCACUGGUCAAGGGAUGGGCGAAUCCAACGAGGGAGACAAUAAAUCCCAUGUUUUCGGGAUCCUGGGGGCCUCGAUUCUAUCCAAAAUCCUCGCCAGUACCGCGACGUACCCUCACGAAGUUAUUCGCACCCGUUUACAGACCCAACGGCGUCCGCUUGCUGGCGAGGAGUUCGCUCAGGGUAUGGGAGUGACGGGUUCAGGCCCCCGAGCCCCUGCUGCGAAGCCCAGGUACCAAGGUGUCGUCCAUACUUUCCGGGUCAUAUUGGCCGAAGAAGGGUGGAGAGCAUUUUAUGCUGGACUAGGCACCAACAUGAUGCGAGCUGUUCCAGCAGCGACAGUUACCAUGUUGACGUACGAAUAUGUUAUGAAGCAACUGUACCACACCAGGGUUGAAGCACGGCAUCUUUUGCUGGAUCCGCCAGCAGAAUCAUAA